ACUGUCAAAAAGUGGCAGGCGCGUCUGAUGGGAUGAUGACUCCCCUGCCCCGCGCAGUGCUUGGUCAACCCUGUCAAAUGGGGAGGGCAUCCGAGAUUCACCAAAUAGUAGCUUCUUCUACUGUCCGGAUGAAACAUAGCAGUUAAGGCUUCGAUUUACCCCUUUUCUUUCCCUUCUCUUUUAUCUUGUUGACGGGGAGGCGGUGUUGGUUUUUCUCCUCUUCAUUAGAUGAUACCGACUGGCAAGGCUAGACUAAUUGUAGAGCCUGUUUAUUAUUUUGUAGGCAAAGUGAAACGUUUUUGACUUAGGAAAUACCGUUAAUACACUUUCCUGUGUACCGCAAGCAAAACCCGGCUUCCAGUUCUUUCUCCUGUGGAGCGAGCGCCUUUUUUUUAUCACCCUAGCAACUGGUCCUCGCCGCUGCUGCCUUGUGACAUUUCCUUGUCGCUUUGCUCACCAGCCAUCGCAUAUUGAAUUCAACUUUUUGCACCCGCCUGUAUGCGGGGCCAUUUUUGCAUAGGGUAUUUCCCUACUUCGUCUUUAAUUUGAUUUAUUUAAAACUCUGGAGGUUCAUGCGUCUGAGAAGUCUCAUCUUUCUGCGUCAAAAUGCCUGUGAGACGCGGUCAUGUAGCCCUCCAGAACACUUAUCUGGACACCAUUAUCCGGAAAUUCGAUGGACAAAAUCGUAAGUUCCUGAUAGCCAACGCUCAGAUGAAGAACUGUGGCAUUAUCUACUGUAACGAGGGCUUCUGCCAGAUGUUUGGCUUCUCGCGGGCAGAGAUCAUGCAGCAGCCCUGCACCUGCCAGUUCUUGGUGGGGCCUGGCACCAUGAAGACUGCCUUGACACAGCUGGCACAGGCCCUGCUAGGGUCAGAGGAGCGCAAGGUGGAGAUCCUCUACUACAACAAAGAAGGGACCUGCAGGCCCUGUCUGAUUGAUGUUGUUCCUGUGAAGAAAGCGGAGGGACAGGUCAUCAUGUUCAUCCUCAACUUCCAGGAAAUCAUUGACCCCUCCCUCAAGAAACCAGGUCUGAGACAGAGGGUGGCCCAGGGCUGGGUAUGGGCAGGGCAGAGUCGCAGGCUGAAGUUGAGACUGCCAUUGGUACGUGCAAUGCGUCGGUCUUCCCUCGCCAUAGACCAGUUUGAGGGGGUGGUGGUGGACUGCCUACAGCCCAACAGUGAAGAGAUCCCUCUGAAAGAGUUCCGUAUCCCGUCCAAGGAGAGCUGCAUGCAGUCUGAGACAGAGGCGCUGAUAGAGCAGGACCACGAGUCCUCCCAGCCUGCAAGCCACUACUCCCCCAAACUGCUGUCCCUAUUGUCAGAGCGGCUGGAACCCAGCGUGCCCUUCCUCCCCAGCAGCCCCUUCUCCAGUGCAGCCUUCCCCAGGACGGUCCUGCCCCGGAGCCGCUCCAGAGAGACUGUCGACAGCCUCCGCAGAGCUUCCUCCCUGGAUGACCUCAGCAGCAUGAGGGCCGAGUCGGGCCGACCAGGAGACCCACGCUCCAACAGCAUUCCAUCUGAAUCAAAACAAACCAAGCCAAAGCUACCUGGGCCUGUUGGAGACCUGAAGACCGGUACUCUGAGCUCCACCUCAGACUCGGACCUGAUGCGACGCAGGACCAGCACUCGUAACCCCCUCACACUCAGUUUCGCCUCCGACCUCUUGCGACCGCCCUCGCCCACUGAGAUCGAGAUCAUCGCUCCCAGCAAAGUAAAGGACCGCCACCGAGAUGUCACAGAGAAGGUCACACAUGUCACACAGGUACUGUCCCUAGGGGCUGAUGUCCUGCCAGAGUACAAGCUCCAGGCGCCUCGCAUCCACAAGUGGACCAUCCUCCACUACAGUCCCUUCAAGGCGGUGUGGGACUGGGUCAUCCUCCUGCUGGUCAUCUACACGGCCGUCUUCACCCCCUACUCCGCUGCCUUCCUGCUCAACGAGGUGGAGGACGAGCUCCGGCGCUCCUGUGGUUACACCUGCAACCCCCUCAACGUGGUGGAUCUGGUGGUGGACGUCAUGUUUAUCGUGGACAUUCUCAUCAACUUCCGGACCACAUAUGUCAAUCACAAUGACGAGGUGGUCAGCCACCCGGGGCGCAUCGCCCAGCAUUACUUCAAAGGCUGGUUCCUCAUUGAUAUAGUGGCAGCCAUCCCCUUCGACCUGCUCAUAUUCCGCUCUGGCUCUGAUGAGCCCCAGACAACCACUCUGAUUGGCUUGCUGAAGACUGCUCGGCUGCUGCGAUUGGUGCGUGUGGCACGAAAGCUGGACCGCUACUCAGAGUACGGCGCCGCCGUUCUCUUCCUCCUCAUGUGCACCUUUGCCCUCAUUGCCCAUUGGCUGGCCUGUAUCUGGUACGCCAUCGGCAACGCGGAGCGCACCAACUCGGCACGCAUCGGAGGCAUGAAGAUCGGCUGGCUGGACAACCUGGCUGAACAGAUUGGUAAACCAUACAACGACACAGACCCUGCCUCCGGCCCCUCCACCAAGGAUAAAUACGUCACGGCGCUUUACUUUACCUUCAGCAGCUUGACCAGCGUGGGCUUCGGCAACGUUUCCCCCAACACCAACCCUGAGAAGAUCUUCUCCAUCUGCAUCAUGCUAAUCGGCUCUCUGAUGUAUGCCAGCAUCUUUGGAAACGUGUCGGCUAUCAUCCAGAGGCUGUACUCCGGCACGGCCCGUUACCACACCCAGAUGCUGCGUGUCAAAGAGUUCAUCCGCUUCCACCAGAUCCCAGAGGGACUACGCCAGAGACUGGAGGAAUACUUCCAACAUGCCUGGUCCUAUACCAAUGGCAUCGACAUGAACGCUGUGCUGAAGGGUUUCCCUGAGUGUCUGCAGGCUGAUAUCUGCCUCCACCUGAACCGCUGUCUGCUCCAGAACUGCAGGGCCUUCAAGGGGGCCAGUAACGGUUGUCUGCGGGCGCUGGCCAUGAGGUUUAAGACCACCCACGCCCCUCCGGGCGACACCCUGGUCCACAUGGGAGACGUCCUCUCAGCUCUCUACUUCAUCUCUAGAGGGUCAAUAGAGAUUCUGAGAGACGAUGUGGUGGUGGCCAUACUGGGUCAGAAUGAUAUCUUUGGGGAACCCAUCUAUCUUUUUGGGCGUCCAGGGAAGUCGAGUGCAGACGUCAGGGCUUUGACCUACUGUGACCUCCAUAGGAUCCUGAGGGAGGACCUGCUGGAGGUGCUGGACAUGUACCCAGACUUCUCCGACUGCUUCUGGACCAACCUGGAGAUCACCUUUAACCUCAGAGAUGUAGAUAGAAUGAACCAGGCACCUCCCAGUGAGGAUUCUGAAUGUGGAUACCGACGGCCACGGCCACGACGCACGAGAAACCGGCCUGACGGCAUGGACCGUGAGGACUCAUUUCCAGACCAGUCGUGUCCUUUGGGGAACCACAGCGGCCCGGACACAAGCUCCCACUGGGAGGGCAUGUGUAGCAGCGCCAGCGCCUGCUCCCAGUCCAGUGACGAUGAGAUGAAGCCCCUGGGACAUAGCAAAGCAGAGCUGUACCCCUCUGUGGACGACACCGAUGACUACCCCCCUGCUGUGGUCAGCCUGCUGCCUACCAGUGGACCCUCAGCCGGCAUGGGGCCGCCCCUGGACCGAGGAAGUCACCAAUACACAGCUGCAGCCCCCAUCAACAUGCCAGGCCCAGGGGUAUAUGGGUAUUGGCCUGACCGGAGGACCAGUCAGUUGUCAGAUCCCCAGCGGCGCUGCUCCUCAGUCAGGGGCACCUACCACUCUCCUCCCUGUGCAGAGGACAGGCCCAGUGAACUGGAGUCCAGAGUGGAGCUGCUACAGUCCCAGCUCCACAGACUGGAGACUCGGAUGACUGCAGACAUCCACGUGAUCCUGCAGAUGCUCCAAAGGCAGAUAGCCACAGUGCCCCCGGCCUACAGCACUGUGUUGCCCAGCCCUCACCCUGCGCACCCCACCACCCUGUACAGCACAGCAGCCCCCAUCAUCCACACUGUCCCCUCCAUGCCCCCAAUCAAGAUUGACAGCAUGCUUUCGCCAAUGCAGGUGGGUAGUGGUAUGGUGUACAAUAUCUCUUUUGUGCUUAUCCUCUCUACCCCCUGUUUUUUUCUUUGCAGAGCCCGGACUCAGACAAGCACAAGUCCAAGGACUCCCUGUCCAGUGGAAUCCACCUCACGGUGGCCUCUGAUGACACCAUGUCCAUGUCCCCUGAGACAGAGCCCCUUCCAGGGUCCUCCAUGGGCCUCAGCCCCCGCCAUGUCUCCUGCCAAACCCUGGGGCCCUCUGGACUGCUGUGUGGCAGCCUGCGUUUCCCCUCCCUCCCUGACAACCUGGAGACCUCCACAGAGGGGCAGGAGAUUCAGAGGCACGUUUCUGACCCCAUCCUGCCAGGCAGCUAAAACCCUCUGACCUUUAACCUUUAACCUGAUCAUCCCUCACUCCUAGCACCCCCUGCACCACCACAGGAGGACAAUCAUAUGUUGGCAGAGUCACUUCUCUAAUCGUCCCCUCUCUCAUUCCUCCUCUCCAAUCCCCACCCAACCCCCUAACCUGUACCAUGCUGCUGAUCAACGUGGGUUGCCAUCCACAUAGCUGAGAGGAGGUUCUAUGGAGGGCCCCCUCUCACUGACUCACAGUGCCCGGGGCUGAGGCACCUCUGGUCCUGUGUGACAAACAACCUCUCCUCUCUAUCAGGGUCUAGGGAAUUAUUGAGAGGGGGUUUAGGAUUUCUGCAACCCAGACCCCACAAAGCCUGGGGGCCUGGCACUGCCUAUGGAGAACUGAUAUGAAACUGGGCUGACUAGAAGCACACGUACACACACGUCACACGGACUCUAACAAUAACCCCAAGCCCCCUUUUCCCUGGAUCUCAAAGCUGUAGUAUUGUCAUUCCUUUCUCCUUUUCCUUUUGUUAAGUGAUGGUCCUUUUAUGCCAUGGUCCUUUUUGUUGGGAGAUAAGAAUUUGGCCAAAAAUACAUAUAACUGUGUGUUUACACUGUAGAGGAACUGCACAUUCAGGCUCAGUGCUGUUUAUAAGUUGAACUGAAACUUAUUUUUAUAGUGUCAUGAGGAUUUUACCGUCAAUCUGGAAAUCUAAUAGUUAUGAACGCACACAUGUAUUUCUUUCACACUAUUGCUAUGUUGGUGUAACAUAUUAUCAACAGAUGAUAUAAAGAGAUGGCAUAAAUGCCAUCUAAAUACUGUUUAUGUCUGUAUGGUAGGAAUGACUACUGUAAAAGUGGCCAUUUUGAAUACACUAAUUCUACUCUCAUGUUCUACCAAUCAUAUGACUUAAUGGAAAGCAAUAUUUGUUAACAUGAAGUGACAUGUCUCAUUAUUGAGUCAACAUUGUCAGGGGUCAUGAGAACAGAUAAUUGACAUGGGAAAAAAGCAGACAGUUUCCUCAUCUCUUUUAUGCUGUAGUUAUGUAGCACUUGUGAAGCAUUAUAAACACCUUUCAUUUAUACAGCCAUUACUGCUUUGCUUGGGUCAUCAUGUUUGUGUAUGUCUAUAUAUCUGUUCUGUUUCACAGGACUGUUGUUACACCAAGGAUGCAUCAUCUCUUUUUCAGGUGUGUGUGUGUGUGUGUGUGUGUGUGUGUGUGUGUGUGUGUGUGUGUGUGUGUGUGUGUGUGUGUGUGUGUGUGUGUGUGUGUGUGUGUGUGUGUGUGUGUGUGUGUGUGUGUGUGUGUGUGUGUGUGUGUGUGUGUGUGUUGACUAUGUUUGAGUAUGUGACAUGGUCACAUGUUUAACAUCACCCUUUUGGAAGGCCGGGAUUCAAUCUGAUUCUUCAAGACAAUGUUCCCACUUUUGAAGAGACCACAUUAAAGGUAAACACUGCAUAUGUCGGCUCAAUCGGAAAUUACGUUCAAGUGGUGCAUUGUCCAAAUCUGCAAUCAGAUUGAAUGCUGGCCCAAAUGUGUGUAAUGACUUAAGGUGCCAAAAUUAUUGCAUGUUUGAUGCCCACCUGGGAGGAAGUGAUGUGGAUGGAAUCUGCCAAUCAAGUGAUGUCACUGGGAUGUCACUGGUGUCAUUUUCCCAGAAUCCCAGUGUCAAGAUGUUUUUGACAGUUUCAGGAGAAUGUAACUCUGUUUUUUAAGCCUUUAUUGUUCUGUAAAGGUUUCUUGAAGCACAAAAUCAUAAUUCUUAUGAAUCUUUUUUAGAUUAAAGAUUAUUUAUAACAAAUAAUACAGAAACUUCAACUAC